AGUACAGCCACAAUGGCAUCUUCACAAACGCUUACCACUCUCUUCAUCCUUUCUCUUUUAAGCUUCUCUUACGCCGCUUCAGCUCCUUUUAAACUGCCAAAACCGAAAGCCAUUCACCUUCCGAUUAGAAAAAAUCAAACAACUUCCCAGUACUACACCACAUUUGAGUCUGGACACCCUGAGUCACCUACCAUAAUUGAUGCAUUGAUUGAUCUUGGAGCACCAUCUGUUUGGUUUGAUUGUACAACCUAUGUCUCGGCUUCAUAUAAACGAGCAUCAUGUGGUUCAAACAGAUGUAAGAAGGCCAAGGGACUAUCAUGUGUAGGAUGCAACUCAACUCCUAGACCAGGGUGCUCCAACAACACCUGUGGUGUGUUCGCUUACAACCCUUUUCACGAUUACUUAACUAUUCAAGAGCUUGGUGAAGAUACCAUAAGGGUAUAUUCGACAGACGGUGCAUAUGUUUGGUUUAGUUACGACGUACCCAAAUUCCAAUUAUCUUGCGCAGAUUCCCUCACUAUAGAGCGCUUACCUGGUGAUCAUACUAAAGGGUUGGUUGGCCUUGCAAGAGCCGAAAUCUCACUUCCAUCACAAAUUUCAUCUUUUUUCAAGUUGGCUAAAAAAUUUGCACUUUGUUUACCUUCAUCAUCUGAGAAUGGAUUAGGGGAUGUAUACAUUGGCGGAGGUCCAUAUUACAUGCUUCCUAGUAUCAAAGAUCAAUCUCUGUCACUAGUAACCACCCCUCUUGUUGUCAAUAUGUUUGGCACUGGCCCCAUUAUUUCUGAAGGAGAGUCUUCCGUAGAGUAUUUCAUCAAUGUCAAAAACAUUGAAAUCAGCGGUAAACGUGUAUCUUUUAGUCCAUCUCUGCUAUCUAUUGAUACAAAUGGAGUUGGGGGAACAAAGGUCAGUACUACAGCGCCUUAUACCAUUUUGCAGUCGUCCAUUUAUAAACGAUUUGUUAAAGAUUUCAUCAAGGAAGCAUCACUGAACAACAUAAAAAGGGUAAACUCUGUCGCACCUUUUGGGGCGUGCUUUGAUUCAAAGACUGCUCCCAACACGAUAACUGGACCAGCAGUUCCAAAUAUCGACCUUAUUUUGGAAGGCAGGAAUGUAAGGAUGACACUAUAUGGUGCAAACUCAAUGGUGGAAGCUAAGAAGAAUGUAAUAUGCCUUGCAUUUAUUGAUGGAGGAGCUGAGCCAACAACAUCUAUUGUCUUAGGUGGGCAUCAGUUAGAGAAUUAUAUUCUUGAGUUUGAUCUAACUUCAUCAACACUCGGACUCUCUUCAUCUCUCCUGCUCCAGAACACGAGCUGUUCCCAUAGCAGGGUAUAUUAAUUCCCUGUGUAACUUAAGAUUUGUAUUUGCUUUGCUCAUCGUUUCUCUUUCCUUGUAAUGUUUUGAAGCAAAAGAUUGAUCCAUAUAGUCUUUCAUGUCAGAUCGAUAUUGUAUUGUAUGAUCUACUCUCUUCUGUAUUCCAAGAAUCAUGUUUUAGUGAAAGAUGUGGUCUGUUGCUUUUUUUAUUCUUCAGUAAGGCG